GUGUGGAAAGAUUCCCAUCUUGUGCCGCUAAAGCAACCACUAGAUCAGUGUACACCUGCAACAACGACUUGUUGUAGUCGACAUGGAUGUCGAUCGCACCACCCUCGCUCAGCCCGAGCAAAGCAUAUACUCUGUCCCUGGGAUCAGUGCACUGGAAAGCCAAAGUCCGAGGUAUCAAGCUCAUAAAAUCUUCUCGUUGGCCUUUGCGCAAGGCAUGUCUCAGCACUAUAGCAAUCGCGCCAGCAGCGUAAUCAGGCCAGUGCAGCAUCUUUUGACAUUCCCCACUCAGAUGGCCAAUUACCCUUGGCACCCUUGCCUCUCGCCACGCAGCAUAUGCCAGCACGAAGUCGUCCCACAGAGAAGACCGAGAUCCGCAUACAAGUAUCGCACUGCGAGCGAGUACGAUCUCGGGCAGCGUCCAUAUCCGCCACAACCACGCUUUCUCGAACAAAUCUGCAAUCGCUUUCCAUGCGCGGGGACAGAAUGAUCGCUAGCCUUCCUCCGGGCUAAGAGUCACAGCAUUGCAGCUCUUGAUCGCAAU